AUGGUGGGCUCAUGCUUCGGCGGCUUCGUCGCCGUCUCCAGCUAUGCGCGGGCCUCGGUCAAUUACGAAGCGGGUGGACGUACCCAGAUGUCUGCCCUUGUAGCUUCCACCUUGGUCAUCGUCGUCGUGCAAUGGCUCUCUCCUGCGUUCUACUACGUGCCCAUGUCCGGACUCGCCGCUCUACUCUGCGGAGCCCUGGUGUCCUCCUUCACCGUCCAGCCUUUUUUCGAGACGUACCGGUCCAGCCCCCGAGAUUUCUUUGUCCUGGUGGCCACGUCUAUCGUCAUGUUCGUCGUCAGUGUCGAUACGGGGAUCUACUCAGGCAUCGGCCUCUCCAUCUGCAACCUCCUCCUUCAGUAUUCCUACCCGGAUCUAGAGGAGUUGGGUCGACUCUCAGGCGCCCCCGGCAAGUGGCGGGCCGCAAAAAGGUAUCGGCACGCAGUCACACCCCGAAACAUCCGGGUCUUGCGUUUGGACGAGGCCUUGACCUUUGUCAACGGAGACUUUGUCACCGGCCUGCUCCUGCGUGCGGCCAAAACGAUGGAGGCGGAGGCGAAGGGAUUGAGCGGUCCCGAAGCCUCCAUGCCACACGUGCCCCGCACAUGA